AUGACGAAGAACUGCCACAACGACUACAAAAUGAAGUUCAGCACGGACGAGGAGUUCCCCGAUCUCUCUCAGCACAACAACCACAUGGCCAAGGUGCUGACCAAGGAGAUCUACGACAAGUUGAGGGGCAAGUCCACUCCUAGCGGCUUCACCGUGGACGAUGUCAUCCAGACCGGCGUCGACAACCCCGGCCACCCCUUCAUCAUGACCGUGGGCUGCGUCGCUGGUGACGAGGAGUCCUACGAGGUCUUCAAGGAGCUGCUUGACCCAGUCAUCUCCGACCGUCACGGUGGAUACAAACCCACCGACAAGCACAAGACCGACCUGAACUUCGAGAACCUGAAGGGCGGUGACGACCUGGACCCCAACUACGUUCUGUCCAGCCGCGUGCGUACCGGCCGCAGCAUCAAGGGGUUCACCCUGCCCCCCCACAACAGCCGUGGAGAGCGCAGAGGCAUCGAGAAGCUGUCCAUCGAGGCUCUGUCCAACCUGGACGGUGAGUUGAAGGGAAAGUACUACCCCCUGACAGGCAUGACCGACGCCGAGCAGGAGCAGCUGAUCGCUGAUCACUUCCUGUUUGACAAGCCCGUGUCCCCCCUGCUGACCUGCGCCGGAAUGGCCCGGGACUGGCCCGAUGCCAGAGGCAUCUGGCACAACGACAACAAGACCUUCCUGGUCUGGGUGAACGAGGAGGACCACCUGCGUGUCAUCUCCAUGCAGAAGGGCGGCAACAUGAAGGAGGUCUUCAGACGCUUCUGCACCGGACUGCAGAAGAUUGAGGAGAUCUUCAAGAAGCACAACCAUGGCUUCAUGUGGAACGAGCAUCUGGGCUACAUCCUCACCUGCCCCUCCAACCUGGGAACCGGCCUGCGUGGCGGCGUGCACGUCAAGCUGCCCAAGCUCAGCACACACGCCAAGUUUGAGGAGAUCCUGACCAGGCUGCGUCUGCAGAAACGUGGCACAGGUGGCGUGGACACAGCCUCCGUGGGCGGCGUGUUCGACAUCUCCAACGCCGACCGUCUGGGCUCCUCCGAGGUGGAGCAGGUGCAGCUGGUGGUGGACGGAGUCAAGCUGAUGGUGGAGAUGGAGAAGAAACUGGAGAAGGGCGAGUCCAUCGACGGCAUGAUCCCCGCUCAGAAGUGAAGUGGACAGGCAACCCAUGACUGAAUGACUGUCUGUUUGUUUAUUUUUGUUUGUUUUAUAAGAAAAACCAACACGUAGCCCCGUUGUAAAGUGAUUUUACUGGUUUCGGCCAAAAACGGCUACUUUCUGCUACCUUUCCAUCAAAAGACACUCCACUUUUCUUUCAUCUCCUCUGUUUUCUUCUAACAUCCUCCCAUCUGCUCUGUAACAUCCUGGGAUCAAUCCAUGCAUAGUCUGGUCACGGCUAUGUGUACACGCCAAGGGGAAAAAAAAUUUUUUUGGUUGUAAAAUAUAUCUGAACUAUUAAAGCCCCAUGUCACAAUCAC